AGUAGUGUUUGGGCUCGAGCAUGGGCGCGAUUGCCCUUCCACUCAGCCUUGCGACCUUGGUAGCUAUCUUCUUUCUAGCGCUUCAGCCAGCAUGGAGUUUAACACAGCAAGGCGAGCUCAGCGCCGAUUCGAUGCCGAACCGCAUGCCCUGGCAGCGCGACAGCGACUGGGCGCCCGAGUACGAGAAGUAUGUUAACGACCUGCCUGGACUGGUGCGGGCGCAGCGGCGGCCAGGUGUGCGUUGGAUGACGGUGUUCGCCAUGUCAGGAAUGGAGGAGGAAGCUAGCCUGCUGCUCAUGAAUGCCCUCACCUCCUUCCUGAGGUUCGGGGGUAGCGGCGGAGGAAGCUACCUGGUAGCUGCCACCUCGGCCGCCGCGCUGGCCGGCUGCCGGCGGCUCCGGCUGCCCUGCUGGAACGCCAGCGCGGUGGUGGCGGCGGGCAUGGCGCCGGCGGCGUGUGCGCACCUGGGGCAGGCGCGGCUGUGCCCGGCCCUGGUGCGCUACCUGCAGCGGCACGGGGCACAGGGCGCCUACCUCAGUCACGGCUACCACCUGGCCUGCUGGGUGAAGGUGCCGGUGGUGGCGGCGCUGCUGAGGGCACUGCCGCCGCCGCCCGACCCCGGGCAGCAGCCGGCGGCGGCGGCGGAGUGGGCGGCGGGCGGCGGCGGGGGGCUGCAGGGCGUGUUCCUGUCCGACCAUGACGUGGUGUACCUGAAGCGUGUCCCCGACACCCUGGACGCCUUCUUUUUUGGAUCCAAAUUCAGCAGCAACAGCAGCCAUCCACCAGAUCCGGAUCCUGCAGCCGCCACCGCCGCCCCGCCGUACGACGUGACCGCCAUGGGCGAGCACGGCGGCAUCAACAGCGGCGUGGUUGCGGCGCGCAACACGCCUGCCGUACACGCAAUGUACGACGCCUGGUCCCGCCUGAUCACGUCCCGUGACUCGGACCAGGGGCAGCACCUCGAGCUGCGGGGGAAGCACUGGGUGCCGUGUCGGGCGCGGGGCGACUGCCCGGGCGCGGGGCCGACCGUGGCAGCCCUGGCCAGGCACAACCCGCCCUGGGGCAAGGGCCGCAUCUGCCCGCCCGUUGACCGGUCAAACCACACCCACUGGGUCUGGUACGACGGCAAGGGCGAGGUACGGGACCACUGUGCCGUACGGGAGCGGCUGUACGCGCACAUGAUCUGUCUGGGCGGUUCGGAGAAGCUGCGCGCAGCCAAGGCCCUGGGGCUGUGGUUCCUGGAUGAAACCGACCCAUGGGUGACCAAUGAGGCCGCCAUUGCGGCCGCCGGCCUGCCGUGCGCGCCGCCGAGUGACGUGGCGCGGCUGUACGUCAUGCAGCCGGCGCCGCCGCCAGUGCCGCCGCCGCCACGGGGGCGGGGGAUCUAGGGAGCGGGGUGGCUGCGGCGGCGGUGGAAAGAGAGGCAAGGCGAAGGGGACGGAGGAGAAGUGGUGAAGACUGCUGGGGGCGCAUCCGAUGUAGCAGGAGGGCAGGCGGGUGGCAGUGGGUAGAUGUGGGGAAGUAGAUGGGGAGGGGGCGGUGCGCGUGAAGGGCAGCAGCCGGUAGCCAAACUGGAGGCAGGGUCUGACAAAGAAGAGGCAGGGGUGUAGGCAGGGGGCAGGGAAGAUUUGAUACACUCAGACGAGGAUGGCGCCGCGGCAGGGAGGAAGGCGGAGCGGGCGAGGAUGGGGUGGAAGAGCUAGUCGGCAGUUAAGGCGGAGGCGGAAGAGGAGUAGUGUGUGCUCACACAAAGUGUGUGUGAGGGGGGGGGCGCAUGGCGGGCACUGCACCGAAAGGUGUAAUGGAUGGAAGGACCAGGUAGUUGUGAGCAGUGAGCGACGGGUUAUGGCUGUAGUGUGGUGGGAGGCGCGUGGGCCGUGGACACCAGACGCGAGGGCUGUGGGGCUCUGACGCACACGGAGGAGGAGGCACCAAGGCACGGCGGCCUGGGCCCAGGGCGCGAUGCCACACGGUACUGAGAGUGCACUGACCAGGCGGGCGGGGAGGAGGGGCGGGCAGGCACCUACGCCCCCUGCUGCCCUUGUAACCCGACCGCCCG